AUGGCUUUACAGGAUCUGAUCGAGCGGCUGCCGCUCCACGCAUCACCGGCUCUCACACCGCUCUCAGCAUUGCUUCUCCUCUUUGCCACCUACAUCAUCUACAGAUCUUUCCUCGAUCCACUCUCCAACAUCCCAGGGCCUCUCAUAUGCAAGCUCACAUAUCUCUGGGACUGGUAUCACUCCUAUCUUGGCGAUGAGUCGAAACAGAUUGACGUCCUCCACGCCAAGUACGGGCCAGUUGUCCGCAUCGGCCCCAAAGACGUGGUCAUUGCAGAUGGCGCCGCUCUAGCCCCAAUCUACUCGGAGAAGGGAGGGUUUCGGAAAGCUCCAUGCUAUGCCAACUUUGACUCGGAAGGCCAUGCGACAAUCUUCAGUGCUUUGGAUCCGAAGCAUCGCGCUGUUCGGAGCAAAGCCGUCAUGCCAAUGUUCAGUACAGCCAACAUCCGAGCCCGAAGCGAUGCCAUCGAAGGCUGUAUCGACAACAUGAUCUACAGAUUAAAGCAAGAAGCAGAAGAGAGCCGGCGAGCGAAGAAGGAAACAGGCGUAGCCCCACCCGUCGACGUGCUCAAUCUUUCUCGCGGCCUGGCCAUCGACGCUGUGAGCAACUAUCUUUUCGGAAAAGACUACGGCGCCAUCAGUGAGAAGUCCUCCAAAAUGAGUGCAAGCACAUACGUCGAUUCAAUCGUCAUCUUUGGGCGCUUGUUUUUCCUGCCUCCUUGGCUCUUCGUGCCUCUAAUCAUGGCCUACGAACGCUUCUUUCCCAACCCUGAAGUGGGCGCUAGCUCGGACAAGGUGAACUCCUUUACCAAUCCGCUCGCUGAAGACUGCCCGGAACACGAGGAUACAUAUCAGUCUCGGCUCCUGAAGGCAGGCUGCUCGGUGCACGAGGCAGAUGUACAGAUGAAAGACGUUAUCUUUGCCGGGACAGACACAAGUGAGGCAAUCCACCUGUUAUCCCUCUCAUCUCGCACCUACUGACUUGCCUCGCAGCUGGCACCAAUCUCGGGACGAUACUAUUCCAGCUCGCGAAACACCCUCAUUCGUAUCGUGAGCUUCAACAAGAAAUCAAAGCGGCCGAACAAGAAGAUCCUAAUUACAACCCCUCGAACCUCAAAUACCUCGAUGCAGUGAUUCGCGAAGGUCUCAGAACAUCACUCGCGAACCCAACUCGCUUCCCACGCUUGGUGCCUCCGACUGGCCUCACAUUCACAGCCAAUAACGGAUGUACUUAUCAUCUGCCACCCGGAGCUACCGUUGGUCUCUCGCCAUAUACACUGCAUUUCAAUCCAAAAGUCUUCUCCGACCCAACGGCAUUCAAACCCGAGAGAUGGCUCAAUGGUCCGACGCCGGAGAUGUAUCGAGACUUCAUCCCAUUUGGUCUGGGCCCAAGACAAUGCAUUGCACGCAACCUCGCUUCGAUGGAACUGACGCUUGCUGUGCGAGCCGUGGCAAAGUCGAAUGUCCUGGAGGGAGCAAGACCGGUGAAGGACAAGCUAGAAGUAUAUGAAUGGUUUAACGCCAAGGUCAAAGGCGAAAGGAUAGACCUGGUAUGGGACUAG